AUCAGUGAGAGUUCCUAUUCAAAGCCACGCCCACUAUUUCAUUGGACUUCCGUUUAUCAGAUCAUACUCGUGUUAAGACAUUUUCUUCUUUGUUUUACACCCCCCUUGAGAACUAUUCUCCCACAUUGAGACGUCACCAGCUGUACAAUUGACAAAACAGUCAAGACAUUUCAUAUCAUCGUUGCUGCGUUAGAGGGAAGAAGUCUGGAAUCCAAUGCACAUCAACAAUGGAUAUUUUGGUUGUCACGUUAUUUGUGGUCCUUACCACACUUUGCACCUCUGCCCAACCUACCCAAUGUCCGAGUGGUUGGAAACAUCGAGGGAACUCGUGCUACGCCUUCUUUCUUGAUGUACCUGACGGAUGGACAGAAGCAAUGCUGUAUUGCAGAGCACUGAAUGCAAAAUUGGUGGAAAUAGAAACGGAAAUGGAAAACGAAUUUCUGCGUAUUUACUUGAUGGAUCAUGGAUAUACGAAGUAUUUCUGGAUUGGACUUACUGAUGCCUUAGUGGAAGGACGUUGGGUGUGGGAGACGACCCAAACUACCCCAACCUACACUAAUUGGGGUCCUGGCGAACCGAAUGAUUCGGAACAUCAUGAGGACUGUGUCCAUAUGUAUCCGUCUAGUUUCCACUGGAAUGAUGCUCCUUGCAACAACAAAUACAGUUUUAUCUGUGAAAAAGAUGAAAACGAGGACAUCGGUAUCGUUGGCUGAUUGUGGUUUUGAGACAUCUCAUUUCAUGAUGAAGAAUAAAAGGAAAUUCAAAGAAA